AUGGGCUCCUUUUGGGACGUCAUCUGCCGAUGCAACAAGUUUGACGAGGCCAAGAGUGCGGCCAUGUGGGAGUUUGCCGUUUUGGACAAUUCAGUUCCCGUUGGAUAUAUGCUCCCUGAGCAUGUCGCCGAGAUGAGAUGGGAAGACACGAGCUUCCACGUCUCCCAAUCCGAGCGCAGGAUACAUCUGGAUCCGGUCGUCCGGCAAGGCGAUGACGUCGUCGAGAUCUGCCGCCGCGAGUUCAUCACCCUCUGCGAGAAGAACGUCGACAACUUCAACGGCUGCUUCCGAAGGUGGCUCCAGAAACAAUCCGACUUCCACCCCAUCCGCGGCCUCGACGUAAAGCUAGCCGGCUUGGUGAUUGCUUCGCCCGCCAGGGGCAUCUUUGGCAUCGUCACCACGGGGGUCCACAUGAACAUGUAUACCGUGAGGAACGGCAGGAUUCACGUGUGGGUUUCGAGGCGGUCUCAGAAUGUUACAUAUGCCGGAAAGCUCGACCAGCUGGUGGCGGGAGCAAUGGACCCCGGCGAUCAUAUGGAGCCCUUGAUGACGCUGAAGCGCGAAGCCAUGGAGGAAGCAGGCCUCGAGGUCGAUGCUGCGUCGCAGACUGUGACUUGGAACGGUGGCUAUGUGGGCAAAGUCACUGCCGAAUCGCUCAUCUCGUUCUAUGAUCAAAAGGACCAUGUCGCCGGCAGCGAAGAGGGCCACGUUGAGCCCGGGAUCCGGUACACGUUCGACCUGGAGGUUGGCCCGGACUUUGUGCCGUAUCCUCAGGAGCCGGAGUCUAUCGACGGCUUCGUGCUGAAGACGGUGGAGGAGGUGAAGAGGGAUCUGAAGAAUGCCGAGUGGAAGCCAAACUGCGGGCUCGUCAUGCUUGAUUUCCUGCUCCGAAAGGGCGAGAUCAAGGGGGGCGACGAUGAGAAUCUUGGGCUGUUGCGACGCGGUCUCGACAGGAAGCUCCCAUUUCACAACCUGUGA